CCUCUUCCGUCAAGAAACUUGCCGCGGUUUCGCGUCACCUCGUUCUCACUCCUUCGCGGCUCGUCGGCACCGCAUGGUCUUGUGCUCCGUCUCAGCCCUACUACAGAUCAUCUGCAAAUUAAUUAUGGCGGAAAACAAGGAACGCACCUUCCUCAUGGUCAAACCGGACGGCGUCCAGCGCGGUCUGGUUGGCAAGAUUAUCCAGCGGUUCGAAGAGAAGGGCUUCAAAUUGGUGGCUAUGAGGAUGGUUUGGCCCACCGAAGAGCUUCUGAAGAAACAUUAUGCCGAUCUGGCAUCAAGACCCUUCUUCCCGGGCUUAGUCAAAUAUAUGAGCUCAGGACCAGUUGUACCGAUGGUCUGGGAAGGCUUGAACGUCGUCAAGACUGGUCGCGUGAUGCUGGGUGAAACAAACCCUAAGGAUUCCGCACCCGGCACAAUCCGCGGCGACUUUUGCAUACAGGUUGGCCGUAACAUCAUCCACGGUUCCGAUUCUGUUGAAUCAGCUAAAAAAGAGAUCAGUCUGUGGUUCGGCGAGAAGGAAGUAAUUGACUGGACGCACGCGUCUGAAAACUGGAUCUACGAAUAAAAAUCUGUGACGGGAUGGUUUUACCAGAAGAUACUUUCUUUAUGAAGCGACCUUAGAAUUUUCGCGAGCCAUACUGCCAGCCGAGUUUGUAUGCAAGUGACUCGGAUCGUCGAAAGCAAAGCUGAGAUCCGAGGAAAAAUAUCUCCCGAUACAUUUGUAAAGAAUGAAUAAAAGAUUGCUGCAACUUGUCGAAAA